UCCCGCGCAGGACCAGGGCUGCUGUGCGCGUGCCUGCUCGGCGGAUCGCGUCCCCGGAAUCUCCUAGGAGAAAUAAACAUUCUCCAUGGCGAUGCCGCGACCUUGUGGACUGCAAGAGUCAGUCAGAAUCAACUUGAUAGAUGAUGCUAAGGCCCGCCUAAGAAAAUUUGACGUUGGCACUAAAUAUUCUCACUUGUCUCACAAAUACGCUGUCCUUUUACCACUGUUGGUGAAAGAAGGCAAACUCCAUCUGCUCUUCACCCUCCGGUCAGAGAAGCUAAGAAGGUCACCUGGAGAAGUUUGUUUCCCUGGAGGAAAGAGUGAGCCCACGGACACAGAUGACAUAGCCACUGCUCUGCGGGAAGCCCAGGAGGAAGUGGGGCUGCACCCCCAUCAAGUGGAGGUUGUCUGCCGCCUGGUGCCAUAUUUGCUUGAGAAAGAUACAGGGGUCACCCCGGUGGUAGGUUUUAUAGACCACAACUUCCAGGCCCAGCCUAAUCCCAGUGAAGUUAAGGAUGUGUUUCUAGUGCCUCUGGACUACUUCCUACAUCCGCAAGUCUACCACCAGAACGUCUUCACCCGAGCAGGUCUUCGUGUUAUUAUUCAUUGCUUUGAGUACACAGACCCUGAAAGUGGGAUGAAUUACAUAAUCAAGGGAAUAACAGCAAAUUUGGCUGUGCUGGCUGCCUUAAUUAUUUUGGAAAAAAAACCCACCUUUGAGAUUGACUUUAACCUCAGUGAUCUAAUUUCAUCUUGUGAAAAAUCCUUUUUUCAUAAGCAUGCUGCUGGAAGCAAGUUGUAAUUUCUGAAACCAGAACCCAAGAAACCAUCCAAGAGUUUUGUGCACUUAUGCACAGAACAACAGUAAGGCCAACUAUUGGAAUCUGAUGGAUGUGAGUGUUUUUCCUGCAGCAUGUAGGCAAAAAAACACUUGUUUUCUAUGGUUGACUUCUAUCAUCUGGAAAGGCAAGAGUCUUGCAAAAGUGGAAAAUGCAUUUAGUGUGGUAUAAUUUCACUCAUGAUCUGUUAAAAACAGGUCGAAUACCAAGUAUCUGCCAUAUAAUAGACUCUUAAUAAAUAUUUGUUGACUGUAUGGUCAUGUGGCAUUUGUCUUAUUUGUAAGAGGCAAUAUCUUUUUUUUAGUCUGGUUGCCAUUAAAACCUACCUCCCUUUAUUCCAUGAUAAAGUUUGAGCUGGGUCCAUGACUCCCCAGGUAGAAAAUGUGGCCCCCGGUAUCUUUUGCCAUGCAACAAACCUCUGAGUUCAAGCCACUGUGGAUAUGGGUAAAAGUUGACCUUGCCAGUCAUCUCCAAUGUAAGAGAUAAGCCAGUUUUCCUGGAGCCCAAUCUUUCUCCCUUCCAGGGUUUGCAAGGUGGACUAACAAGCCUUCAGGAAAAUUCCUGAGGGAAUAGCAGAACAGAAAGAUAGUCAGAGCUUGGCUCUCUGAAUGACCCUGUAGAACAAAGCAACCUUCCAGCCUGGGCUACUCACUGGGUCUGUUACAGGAGAGAAGAAAAAAAUUCCGCCAUCUCUCUGCCACUAUAAUUUGAGGUCCCUUUGUCACAAUAUUUCUGAAACCCUAAAUAAUGUACUGUAACAUUUGCAUAUGACUAGGUGGAUUUUCCCCAAGUUCAAGGCAUUGCA